CAUGGCGGAAGGAAGGCAGCAAGAGAUUGAUUACGGCGUGGGAUAUGGUUCUGAGUUUGAUGAACAGGAAGCAGCGGAGAGGAGCAAGACCUGGAGAGACGAUGAACUAUCAGGGAUCAAACGGAAGGCCAAUACAACUGGCGGUUUACCAUCUAAACGUGUAGUUUCCAGUGAAUAUAGCAGGCAAGAAGCUAAAGGCCAAAAAUAUGAUUUCAUUGCCUUGGAUGCUUACUCAAAGCACAAGAAAAUGAUCAAUGAUUACAUCUUAUACUAUGGAAGAGGAAUAGAACAUUUCAAAAGGGACAGCUCCAGGGAUAAAACAGACAUGGAUGUUAUCAAAGAGGAGCAUAGGUUUAUUUGGAAUGAAGAGGAUGACCCAGAAGGUUCCUGGGAAAAACGUUUGGCUAAGAAGUAUUAUGACAAGCUUUUUAAAGAGUACUGUAUUUCUGAUCUUAGCAGAUACAAAGAAAACAAGGUGGCAUUAAGGUGGAGAAUUGAAAAAGAAGUCAUUGAAGGAAAAGGGCAGUUCACCUGUGGAGACAAGAGAUGUUCAGAAUCUGAAGGACUUCGCAGCUGGGAGGUUAAUUUUGCUUAUAUGGAACAUGGAGAAAAGAAAAAUACUCUCAUUAAACUCAGACUCUGUCCAGAUUGUUCCUAUAAACUCAACUAUCAUCACAAGAAGAAACUUGCUAAGAAAAAGAAAAAAGAAGGGGAUAGAGAGUCACAGAAAUCACAUUCAGGCAAGAAAAAGAAGAGGAAUAGACAUCACAGACACAAAGAGCUAGACUUGUCUGGUUCAUCUGAAGACUCUGAAGAUAACUGCAGUACUACAGAUGGUGGAUCAUCAAAAGAUGUUGAAAACACCAACUCUACAAGUACUGGUGAAGAUAUCUGGAAAGGCCCAGCAAAGAUUACUGUUGAUAAAACAAGGGAGGAAGAAUUUGAAGAGUACUUCCAAGAUAUGUUUCUGUGACACAAGUUACUGUUUUGACCUCACAAACACUCAUGUGAGCCUGCUCACGAUGACAUUUGCCCCAGUGUUACAAUGACAUUUGCCUCAGUGUGAUAGAGAGACGCAGUGAUGAUUAAUUUUAAUCAAGUAAAAGUUGUUCAGGAAUUUUACUGUUAUUGUCAUUGAGAGACUCAAUGAUAAUCAAAGGCCUAUUAUUACUCCAUUAAAUUUCACUCUUUUUCUUUUGGGACACCCCUGCACUUGAAAUUCAUGCUUCCCACUUUUCAGGAUCACUUACAUCACUAGAUUUACUAUGUUCAUAAAUGUCAUAACCAGAAUCAAAAGGAAUGGGAAUAGAGACAGGCAGUGCUUGCAUGCGAGGAAAUAAACUGGGUUUGCCUUUAACCACAGUGGAACAGUAUCUUUCCCAGUCUACUGGACCAUGGUUAGUAAACUCAUGCCCUCCAACACCAAUAAGAGGCCAAUUGUCUGCUGAGCUGUAGUUAAAACAAAGCAUACGGCGAUAAUGUCUAGACAUGUUGGCAGAAGAACCAUGGACUGUGAAGCCAUGAUGAAAGGACACCCCACCUGCAGGAACUUCAACAUGGACUGCAGAGUUAGAGUCUAAGGCAGGGUCUGUUAUAGCAGAUAUAAAUGCAUUGUCUUGGAAGUGUGAGUAUAGGGGACCUUUAUGUGAACCCGGGAUAACUUGAAGGCAUCCUGUUUAAAUUAAAAUCAGUGGUACAAUUAAAUUUUUUAUCAGAAACAUGCAUUGAUCAGAAUCAUUCCACACAUAGUUUCUUAUUAUUUUCUUCCAUGAAUAGAAUCUGUUGAUCACAAUACUUAAGUUUAAUAGGUAGCUCUGUUUUGGAAUAACCACAUUUUCAACUUAUUUUUAAGGCAGUAUAUACCUCUGCCCUAUUGAGAAAGAAUGGCUCAUCAGAGAGCUUACCAUUCUCCUUGGUAGAGUCAUCAAUGGCUAUGCAAACAGUGACCAGACUAUCAUUUGUAUAGGGGAAAAAUGCCCAAUCCUGAUGCCAUCUGAUAACUGAGGUACUACUUUCUGGUGGUUUCAAGUUGACUUUCUCUUGAUUUAUGUAACGCACUGAUGGACCAAUCUUAAACAGGGGAAAACAACAACUUUCUUAGAAAUCACAUAACUGGCAUAUACUAAACAUAAAUUGAAACAGAAGUGAUUUCACACACAAAAAAAAUAAAUUAUGAUUUUUAUAGUUAAA